UACUGUAAUAACAAAAUAUUUGUGAGCUGUUACUAGGUUUGAAACUACAAUAAUGUAUAUUAAUGUGCUGUUAUGCUUUUAAAGGUGCUUUCUACUACACCCUCGGUAACAUAAAGCCUGAAAACCGAUCACACCUCAAUGCUAUUCAACUACUUGCCAUAGUCACUACCAAACUACUCAAGAAGUAUGGCAUAGAUCCAACCCUGCAAGUCAUCAUUAGAGACCUUUCUUACUUAGAACAGAUGGCUUUACAUUGAGAACAAUUGAAAGCUACUCACGUCAAUGCCAACUCCUUGAUGGAGGUGAUCACUUCAAAAAGACAUAUGGGUUAAAUCAACGCUCAUUGUUGAAUGAUUCCCGGUAUUUUCAUGUGAUUGAUGGUUUACCAGCUGAUGCAAUGCAUGAUGUCUUAGAAGGUGUCCUACAGUAUGUGGUCAAAGAGGUCUUAAAGGUUUUAAUCAAUGAAAAAAGGCUAUUUACAUUGGAUGAGCUGAACACAAGAAUUAGAACAUUUGACUUUGGGUAUCAUAGUGACACAAACAGACCUGCCCCCAUCCAGCCAACAAGACUUGUGUCUAAUGACCACACCCUGAAGCAACAUGCAAAUCAGAUGUGGUGCCUUGGGAUGUUUUUGCCGCUCCUGGUUGGAGACCUUGUUCCAGAGGAUGAUGAGCACUGGGAACUUUUUUGUAUUCUUCUUCAGAUAAUGAGGAUUGUGUUCUCUCCUGUCAUUGAUAAGGAGCAACUUCCUUACUUGCAGGUCCUAAUUCAGCAUCAUCAUCAAAUGUUCCAACAGCUCUUCCCUGGCUGCUCUAUAACUCCAAAGAUGCACUAUAUGGUACACAUGCCAACAACUAUCCUGAAACUUGGGCCUCUAGUUCAUAGUUGGUGUAUGCGGUAUGAAGCUAAACAUCACUAUUUUAAGCGAACAGCAAUUCUACUUGGCAACUGGAUCAAUCUGCCAUUCUCUCUGGCUAAACGUCACCAGGAAGGCUUGUGUUACAGGCUCCAAACUGCCGGAGGAGGCCUAAGUACCUUUAUUGAAAAAGGUAUCGAGAAUGGUCCAGGGAAAGAGUCUUUGGCUGGUGAUGUUUCAUAUUGGAACCUAGUCAAGGCAGAAUUUCCUAAUGUUGAUGUUGGCUCAUCCUUAUAUGAUUAUGAUGACGUAAUCAAUGACGCCGUGUCACGUGUCCAUUUUGUUGGAUGUCCCUUGACCUCAAGACAACUUGGCUUAAGUUUGGUCGUGUCACAACUCUCUGAACAAGCAGCACGGACGGACUUGUAUAAACCUACAGAAGCGAGAGGGUCAGAGAAUUUAUCAAGAAUAAGGCUGUAUCGGAAAAUCAUCGGCAGUUUUUUACGCGGCACAGCAGCCACUAGAGAUGACGGAGAUGGGGGAGGAUGUAAUCAACAACACGACGUCGAGUGGGCUAGUGAAAUGCCUUGCCAAGAACAAGAAGGGAUACGUUCUCUCCCCAGGGGUCUACGAAGUUCUAAACAAACUUUUGAAGUCGGACGAGGACAACGCUUCCGGUGACAUCCAGCUAUUGUGCAAGUUGUUCUCUGGUGAGCCGGCGAGCUACCGCUUUUCGACGGAGAAUAAGCGAACUAUCGAGGCGAACACGCCGUUUUGCAUUUUGGGUUCAACCCAAAUCACGAAUGCGGCAAGACUCAUUGCCCACAUGAACUUCGGUCAUGGGCCGAUCGAUCGGUUUUUAGUGUCGGCACCGAUGGCAUUGCGCCCAACACUAAACGAGAUAGAAACAGCAAAAGAGAAUCUGAGAGAAGAAGUCACCAGCGACUUCGGAGACGUGUUUGCCAACAUCAAGCUGGCAGAAAACGAGGUGGUGUACACGUUUGAUGCCAACGGCAAGCAAGCGCUGUGCGGCAGCAUCGAACGUUUCGUCGAAGAGGUCAACGAUGCCAUCCUGUCGGGACGAUAUCCACCGAAAUCGAAGACUCCUGAACUGGUACCAAGGCUGGCUACAUCAUUGCACGUACUCAGCCACACACUGGAGAAAGUCCUUGAAGGCGGUGUUCCCAGUGACCCACCAACGAACAUCAGUGCAGAAACCCUCGCCAGUGCAACAGCUUUGGCCAAGUAUCUCGAAUCACAAAAA